GAAGAACAUAAGCAGAAAAGGCAUAACGUUUACGUCAAUCUUUCAAACCCAACACUGAAAGAACCAGUCCACCUAAGUGAUCAGAAAUUCCCCAUCAAUAAACCUAAAAACAUACCACACAAUCUAAGGAUGUUUUUUCCAUUCCCAUUUGCAAAAUUUGGGGUGUGGCAAAAGAUCAUAACUCUGUUCAUUUGCAUUUAGAUAGCUUGUUUCCUUCCAGAAGAAAGCUUCUCAUUGUUUUAAUCAUGGCGGCGGCGAAAUCGGACUUUGCUCAGAAGCUGCUUCAUGAUCUCCGGCUGAGAAAAGAACGAAUGUCAUCAUCUGCCACUCAAAAUUCCAGUAGCUCAAAACCAACUUUCAGAGGUGCUCAAGGAAAUCCAGGGACAUUACAUAAAGGCUCUAAGAAUGUUACAGCUAUAGAACCUGUUCGGUCUAGAUCAGGGAAUUCGGUUAGUAGAAGAACAAGUGGUAGCGCCGGAUCAUUUCACUUGGAGGGUUCUUCGAAUCAGAUCUUUCUCUAUGACAGAGGCCGAAGUGCAGGACACGCGGGCGAAUUGCCAACAACCCUUUCUUUUGCUAUUGAAAACGGAGGGAAGUUCAGCAGAAUUGAUGCAUCAGGCACCAACCCUUUGCUAACCUUCCUCCGACAUAUCAGCAGGAGAUCAUAUGAUCCUGUAAGGACCCAUACAAAGAGCAACAUGUUGAGCAGGAGUUCAAAUAAUCAUGUUCCUACUUACUCACACAUUCACAUUCAUGAUAUAUCAAGAGGGGUGCAGAAACUGAAUCAGAUUCUUAGGACAUGUUCAAAUGGUGUGAAUUUCGAUAGAUAUUCUGUCGAAGUAGGACAGGAGCUACUAAGAGGAGCAAUGGAUUUGGAGGAGUCCCUCAGAAUGCUCAUAAACAUGCAGGAAGCUUCGGACUACAUGCUCAACUCACAGAGAAAGAACAAGAUCAAAUUGCUUGAGGAAAAUGAGGAUGAUCAAACUGAGACAGCAAAAGAAGAUGACUUGAAAAUAGUGGCUCGUCCGAGAUUCUCAUUCGAUAAGCCCAAGAACCAGCAAAGCAACAAAGAGGCACCAUGUUAUAAGCAGCACUUAAUGGCCUUAACAUAUCUAGAAGGCUCUCCAAAGUUGCCAGAAAAGCAACCUCAUCAGAAUAAGUCUAAACCUAAUUCCUUCUCGCAUUCAAGGUCAGCUAGUUGUGUUCCAGAUUUCAAAUCACUGUGCUCAGACUCGGAACCAAAAGAACACACCAAGUCACCCUCAAAACCAGAGAAAGGCAGAAUAUCAAAUGUGAUUGCGAAACUUAUGGGUCUCGAUGAACUUUCACCAAAAGAAGGGUCCAAUGCCCCUGUCAGAGAAUUGAGCUCAAACAAAAAGGAGGUCAUUGCGUCUAAGACAAGUCCAAUUAAUGAGGCAUCACAACAUCAAGACGAAAGGAAUGGACGGGCUGUUAGUAACAAUAAGCAGGCAACAACAACAUUCAGGACAUCAAUGUUAGACUCCAAACCAAUGCCGGAAGCAGAAAGUAUUCCACCACAUUCCAAAGGAAGUUCUCGGGUGAUUAUCUCCGAGAUCCACUGGCAGAACUUAGAAGUGGCAACAAGAAAAUAUGCAGGGCCAGGUUCAAAAACCAUCACAGUUACAGCAGACAAGCAGGAGUUAAAUGGUGUAAAGGAAAGGGAUCGGUUGCCUGGAUACAAAGAAAUGCUACAGGAGAAGGAAAAGAACAGCAACAAUAAAGCUGAAAACAAAGAACUAUUAGCAAAAGUUGUGCAUCAGCAAAAUGAACCCGAAAGGCCUGUAUCGUCAAAAGCUGAAGAUGGGUCGGAUAAGAAUAUGGAGUUGAAGAGAAGUGCAAUUCAAGCAAGCAAAAAGAAUGCCCAUAGUCAAGAGAGAAGCAGGCAACAGAUUAAGGAGGAAGUCCACGAAUUGCGACAGAGAGGUCUGCUGAAAAAAUCUGACCAGUUAGAACAAAAACGAAAGGAAAGACUUCCAAAACCAAAGAAACAGGUUAAUGAAUCAAAAGGCAAUCAAGUAAAGGCGAUGGUUGCAUCAAAAGUAAACAGAACCACGAAAAGUUCACAAACGAAGAAGCCAUAUGGUACUUUAGCUCCAGCUGAAGUUAAUAAGAAGAAAGCAAUGGAACACAAGGAAGUAAAGUUCUCGAAAACUCUGUCCAGCAGAAAACUUCAUGAAGAUAGUGGAGUACAGGAGUUUUCUAUCAAUCAACCAUCACAAAGGAAGAAUGGGAUUUGCACAAAAGCCUUUGAAGACCAGAACUGUCAAGUAAAUGUUGCAUCAAACACUGGAAGUCUAACUCCUGAUGUCUUACCAGCAUCACCAGAUCAGAAUGAUGAUCAGCAGAAUGAUAAGACAUUGAGCAGCUGCGAUGGAGAUGAACAAGAGUCUUCCAACCAUCCUGAAGAUACAGAAGUUUACACUCCAAGAUUCGAUAAACCGGAAGAAAGCACAGAUACAGCAAAUGUGGAAGAUUUGUUGCCCAGUGUAGCAGAACAGGUCAACUUCUCCAUUUCAGGUGAAGAUAGUUGUCGAAUUGUAGAUACUCCGGAAACUCAACUCCGCAAUCAAAAGGUUAGCCAGCACUAUAGAAGCUUACUUUCUGAACAAAUCACAUCUUUUUCAUUUCCUGAGGUACUGCAAUCAUUUAAGAUGACAAUGCCUAACCAGAUGAUCUAUUGGCCUAAUGCAGACCGCAGAAACAUUCACAGAUACACAUGAAGUUCCCGAAGACCACAUACUUGUCCACAGGGCAACUGAGCCCUCCGAUAAGGUUUUACAGGAUCGCUAUAAAGGUAAACCAAACAAUGAUUAGGAGAAUUACUAUUUCCUGAACCACAUUCUAACGUGCGAUUUAGUGUAUGAAAUAGUUCCUCUUUUAUCUGAAAAAUUAAAAUCACACUGGAAUCCAUUUUACUUUGAAAUGUCUACAUAAUUGCAUGAAACAGGCAUAAUUCCGUAUGACAAAUUAUCCCUGAUAAUGGUAUUAAUUAAUCCAGGCGCGAAUGAAGAAAGCAGAGGAGUUAGUAAAGUUAUGCAGAAUGAGCUGAAGAAAAUUCAAGCAAAGAAGGCAGCAAAACCACUCACAGAAUCAGAGAAAAAUCUCAAGGAAAAACUGAUAAAGGGUCAACAGUUUCUUAACACGGCGGAAGCCUUUUUCAAACUCAACAUACCAGUCAGCAUACUGGAUGACAGUAACGAUCAAUGCGGUCAAGAUGCCGAAACCAAACUCAUCUUAGACUGCGGGUACGAGUUACUGAAAAAGAAGGGACAAAGACUAGAAGUUUCAGUUUAUCCAAGGAAACAAAUGUCGGUUACCGUUGCCAAUAAGGUAAACUCACUUGAUGAUCUGAUCAGGCAACUAAGCCAGGACUUCAACACGUUAAAAUCCUACGGAGGGAAUUCGAGCCCUGAACUUGAAACAGCAGAUUGUUUGUCCAAAAUGCUUGAGAAAGAUUUUGAGAAGUCACAUUCGGAGGUGAGCAGCAUGUGGGAUUGUAACUGGAUUUCGGACCCAUUUGGUUUUCAGGAAUAUGAUGAGAUUGUUAAGGAAUUGGAGAAGCAUUUGCUGAAUGGCCUAUUGAAUGAAAUCACACAGGAAUUACUUCUGUUAGGAUUAGUUUUGGCUUGAUUUUACCGAUUCUGGUAUAUAUAUAUUUUUUUGAUCAAUAGGUAUUACUCAUUUACUCUUGUAAUUUGUGUUCUAAAAAAUUUGCCAUUUCAAAUCAUGUUCAUUUUUUUUUAUAAGCUUGAUAAUUGGUAGAAUAUCAAUAUGUUUGAGUUUUGAGAUCAG